UCUAUUUCCACCGCCAGAUUUUUUGCUUAUUUUUCUGCACUUCUAACCGAUGACUGUUUGAAUCUUUUGAACAUAAAUAUUGAGCCCAGCGAUCCGAAUUGUACCAUUCGCUUGGCAUUCUCUAGCCCGAUCAAGUUGGUUCUGGUUCGCUGUCAAAAUGGCGUCUAAGAUGAUAGUUGCCCUGUUUGCCAUUUUGGUCUGUGCUAGCGCCGGUUACGUUGAAUCCGAUCAUUACCACGCCCCAAUGACUCAUUACUCAUUCGCCCCAGAUGUGAGCUACAGCUCGAUCACUCAGCACUCCUCUCCCAAGCUGACGGUGGCCAAAACAAUUGCCUAUGCUGAGCCAUCGAUGCACUAUUCCGCUCCACUCACUAAAACUAUCGUUCAACAACCAACCAUCAUCUCCGAACCCAUCUACUCUCACGCUGCCCCAAUCGUUGCCGAGAAGACUCUGGCCUACUCCACACCAGCGGAAUACACCAAGACGCUGUCCUAUGCUCCUCUCACGAAGACCGUGGUGUCCCAGCCGGCCUACAUCGAGACAAUUGCAGCGGAACCAACCUCUGCAAAGGCCAUCUAUUCCGAGCCAACCUACACCAAGACCGUGAUUCAGCAGCAACAGCAGCCAACCUUUAUCAAAACCAUUCUCUCGGAACCUGCCUACGCUCAUGGUAUCCCAGAUGUCGCUGCCAAAACUCUAAGCUAUACUCCGACAGCCCCUGUGAGCUAUGGCGAGGCUAGCGCUCAUCACAGCUGGUAAAUUGAGGGCACAGUAACGAGCGGAAAAAUAAUUUAACAAGC